UUGACUCCCUCGAAGGCAGACGGGCCCCGCAGAGACCUGGACCAAUCGGAGGGGCUAGCCAUCACCAACUGUGUGAAGUUUAGUAAGGGCAAGUGCCGGAUUCUGCGUCUGGGAGAGGGCAGCUCUGGACAAAUGGAAAGGCUGGUUUCUUGUGUACAAAGAAGGCCAGAUGCUCUUUGUAGACUGAUUUGCUUUCCAUGGUCUGGAGGUGGAACUUCACAACUUGCUCAAUGGGGCAGACUCUUCAAUGACUCAAUUGAAGUGUUCUGUAUAAGGCUUCCUGGAAGACAAACUCAUCUUGAGAAGCCUUUUGCAAAAGACAUGGCAAGCAUAGUUACUGAAGUUACAAGUGCUUUGUUAAAAGAAUUGAAAGAAAAACCAUUUGCAUUUUUUGGUCACAGUUUUGGAACUUACACAAGUUUUGCUGUUGCACUUCAUUUGAAAGCAAAGUACGGAUUGGAGCCAGUCCAUCUUUUCAUGUCAGCAGCACAUGCUCCAAAUUCUGCAGUACAUUUUGCCCUCAAAAGCAUGGUCAUACCUGAAGAAAAUGAUGAACUUCUUGCAUGUAUGGAGAUUCUAGGAGGAAAUUAUGACCUUCCACAUGAUGAAGACACUAGGAAAAAUAUGGCACUUAAUUUCAGAGAAGACAUUAGAAUUUUUAAGACAUUUUCAUUUGAGAAGGCAGAAAUGAUCCCUUUCUCCUGUGAUAUUACCUACUUUUCUGGAUCUGAUGAUAAAGUAUAUGAUGCACAAGGUUGGCGAGAACUAACGAGUGGAGAUACUGCCUUUUAUGAGCUUCCUGGAGAUCACUUUUAUCUGCUGCAACCAUCUAAUGAAAGUUUCUUGAUAAAACACAUCACAAGAUGCAUAGAAAAUGCUGGUUUAUGAGUAUUUACCUCAAUUUUAAAUCUGUAAAGGUAGUCCACAGUAAUUUGUAAUAAGUCACUUCUUUCUCUACAUUGCAUGCACUUAUGCCUAGAAGUUGUUCUCUUCCUCCUCUGUAAUCGUUUAUAAGGGGGAGUUUUCCUGAU